GGCCGCCAUAUCCGCACAACGCAAACAACUGUGACGAUGAGCAGCGGCGUUGGUGGUGAACAGCAGCAGCAGUAUGCGCCGCAGACGCUGGUCGCCGGCCGCGCAAAGCGUGUCACAGCAGGCAACCGCAUGUCGCGGCUGAUCAACCAGGAAGAAGGAAGUGAUGAUGAGUUCUACAAGGAAUACUAUGGCGAGAACGUGUUCCUGGAGGAGGACUCGGAGUUUACGUCCGAGGAAGAAGAAGACGAGAGCGAUGAGUUUGACAGCGACUUUGUCACGGAGGACGAAGAUGAGGGCGAAGCACCAGAAGACGUUCCAGUCGAGAAAAAGAAGAGGCGCGCCAACGUUUACGUUGAUCCGCUGCUCAAGGCUGCAAAGAGGGCAAAAGCAGGAUCUCGCGCGCCGCGGACACCCAAGAGGACCAAGCCGCGGUCGCGAUCAUCAUCAUCAUCGGCGUCCCGCGUGCCAACCAUGGACCGUGAGCUGAAGAACCUCGCCAGCUCAACGGGGUUCAGAGACAAAGUGGAGAUUCUGGAUGAAGAUGCUGAGACAACGCGGCGGCGCUCGCGACGAAGGGUCGUGGUCAAGAAGAGGGAAGAGCAAGAACAGAACAAGAAGGAGAAGAAGGUGCGUUUCCUGUCAUGCAAUGAUGAUGGUGAAGGUAUCGACAUGAUGUUGUGCAGCAGCCGCUGUCGAGCGCAAUAA